CAACAUGGCGGAUACCACCACGGAGAAUAACAUGACGGAUCUUGCCUUGGAACACCCGAUUGAGGGGGAUAUUACAGUACCUGGUGCACCGGACGAUGAAAGUGAUGAACUAUCAACAUUAGAUGAACCAGUCGUUAUAACAGUUAAAAGAGAUUUAAAAGCAGUUGGUAUUAAAUUUUUUCACGUCUUGUGGCCAAAACAGAGCAAAACGUUACUUAGAGAAUGGGAUCUUUGGGGACCUCUUAUUUUGUGUAUUUUAUUAGGAAUGAUGUUACAGGGUUCAAGUGCAGAUGACAACAGUGAUGGGGGUCCACAAUUUGCAGAAGUGUUUGUAAUUGUUACCGGAGGUGCUAUUAUAGUUACACUUAACUCACAACUUUUAGGAGGAACGAUAUCAUUUUUCCAGAGUGUAUGUGUUUUGGGUUAUUGCGUAUUACCUCUGAAUGUAGCUCUAAUUGUAUGUAGACUGGUAUUGCUAGCACCGGAACAAACAACAGCACUCUUUGUUAUCAGAUUUGCAAUAGUAUUUGUUGGAUUUGUGUGGUCCACAUUUGCAUCUAUGGCCUUCCUUGCAGACAGUCAACCUAUCAACAGAAAAGCACUAGCUGUUUAUCCCAUUUGUUUGUUUUACUUCAUAAUUGGUUGGAUGAUUUUAUCGCAUACUCAUUCCUAAUUACUCAUAUGUAUCGGGUUAUGUACAUAUAUUUUAUGGGAUACUUUUUGUACCUACAGUACGCAGCAUAUUGCUAAAGCAGUCAUGCUGCAUACAAUAAUAUGAGGUUAUUACGACAAUACCUCAAAGUAUGCAGAAAGACGGUACAGCUGGAGAAUUGGCCGACGUGUAGCGGAGGUCGAUGCACGGCGUACUUUUUGAGUGCAUACUUUGAGGUAUUCUCAUAAUAACCUUACUAUUAUACAUCUUUUCCUUCCAAGGAUACACCAUGGGAAUGCCGAAAUCCAAAAUGUUUAUAACAGAAUCAGCGAACUAAUAUGUGUGGAGUCUGGUCAAACUCUGG